AUGAGCUCCUACAGUAAGCAAUCGGUGUCCUCCCUACUGCGCGCCCGGCUUACAAGCUCUUACAGGGAGUUCUCCUCGACGGAUCUUCGAACCGUGGGCAGCUAUACACUCGGGCGCCUCAUAGGAAAAGGAUCCUUCGGCAAAGUCUACCUCGCGACUCAUAAGCUUACCAAUGGCUCUAAAGUGGUGCUCAAAUCGGCGAAGAAGGAUGACUCGAAUCUAGCGCGAGAGAUACACCACCACCGUCAAUUUACCCACCCGCAUAUUGCCAGACUAUACGAGGUCAUUGUUACGGAAUCACUCGUCUGGCUGGUCUUAGAGUAUUGUGACGAGCUUUACCACUACCUCUCAACUCACGGUCCCCUCGAACCCGCGAAGGUCCAACGAAUCUUUACACAGCUGGUCGGCGCAGUUGCCUACGUCCAUAGCAGAUCAUGCGUGCAUCGAGACCUAAAGCUGGAAAAUAUCCUGCUAGACAAGCACGAGAACGUCAAGUUGGUGGACUUUGGCUUCACGCGGGAAUAUGAGGGUAAAGCGAGCUAUCUACAGACAUGGUGCGGCACGGUAUGUUAUAGUGCGCCGGAGAUGCUUAAAGGCGACAAGUACGCAGGUGAAAAGGUGGAUGUUUGGAGCUUGGGUAUAAUACUUUACGCUCUGCUGUGCGGAGAACUACCCUUUGACGAGGAUGACGAAAACGACACGAAGACUAAGAUAUUAAAAGACGAGCCGAACUAUCCGGAGCAUCUACCACCAGCUGCGAAAGAGCUCAUUUUAGCGUUACUUUCGAAGCGACCUCUCUUGCGACCCUCGCUUGCCGACAUCCUUAUGAAUCCAUGGCUUGCCGAGCAUGCGCCUCAACAACAAGCUAUCCUCAAGCUGCAGCAACCGGCUCCCUUCACAACUGAGUUGGAGAAGGAAACUUUACAGCGCAUGCGCAGCGCCGGUGUGAAUAUCGAUCAAGUGAUUGAAAAUGUCCUGGCACAGCGUUGCGAUGCAUUGGCGGGUUGGUGGACAUUGCUUAUGGAGAAAGAGGAACGCAAAGCGAUUAAGAGAGAACGGAAGCGCAAAGAGCGGGAGGCUGAAUCCAAGGCCGUGCGGCGGCUCAGCGCAGCCAGUAUGAGGCUUGAGAGGAUGGCACCGACUAUCAGAGAGACGGACGAGGAGGGUCAGCCAGUGGUUCAGCUCGGCAAUCCUCCGAAAGCCCGGGGCAGAAACAUGCAGCGAACAGCUACCGCACCGUCGGAUCUUCCGAGUUUGGUGGAGAUUAGGAAUACGCCAGAACCUGGAGAGAAGCCGGUUACUCCUCCAGAUAAGAUUUCGAAUCGCUCAGCGAGUUCAUCCCGCCACCGACCUCCAGUGCCUCCCAAAGAGAACGGCAAAUCGCGGAGCAGCAUGCUUCAAGUCCCAGAUCCGUUAUCACUCACUGGCCACGGGCCAAAGCGACGUUCAAAAUACCAGCAACCGUUCUUUCAUCAGUUCGCCCAGCUCAAGCACUGGUUCAAAGAAUCAGCGAAACGCGCCAAAUCUCCCAACUCAAGAGCUAGCAGCGAUACCUCACCCAAACUACUCCAGCGUACCAAAUCACCAGAAAACACUGAACCAAUAUCACCCCCUAAAACUGCUAGCAACAAUCGAUCAAAUUCGCACACGCGACCCGACGCAGUCAGGCGGACGUCGUACACCCAAAGGCCUGAGCUCUCAACACUGCAUAACAUCAGCACCAAUCACAGACGUCCUUCUCACUCACCUUCGCCACUCACGCCACGUUCUUCCUACCGCCGCAGCUCCGCCGGUCUUGGCGGCCGAAAGUCCACAUCCUCGUCCGUCUCUUCUGUCCGCUCGCUACACCACCAUCACCACUCACAUUCGAAGGCCUCAUCAACCUCUUCAGCCUCCCUGGCGGCCUCGCCCGCCGUGUCCACCACCGGCAAGGUAGGAAGAAGUCCGCACACCUCCGUCAAAAUUCUUCCCGGAACUCCAACAACAUCCACCUUCCCCUCCAACAUCCGCGUCGUGCGAGGACCUAUGAACGAGUCGAGCGCUGCAUUCGGAGCGCCACUGCCGCCACCUUCCCCCGGCCUUGUAUUCGCCAAGCGGAAACGGAGUCCCUUCAAAGGCCCCAUGCUGGGCAUGACCUCCCACGGCCUGGGCACUCACGGCGGUGUGGGCGGCGGCCACCGUGUGAAAAGCGAGGGAGGCAGCAGGAGCACGAGUGUGCAGGGACGGAGAAGCGGGGAGAUCAUUGAAGAGGAGGAUGAGGAUGAGGUUGAAGAGGUGGAUGCCUUCUCGCCGGUCGGCGCUGGCGGAGAGGUUGUGUAUAUGGAAGAAUUGGAAGAGGGACCAACGCCUGGCUCGCGGUGA